AUGGACGGUCAUAUCCUCGCCGCGCCGCAACGCGCGGCGGCCGCUGCGUCGGCGGCGCUUAACACCCUGGCGACCGCGGCUAUCGAACCCGCGUCGCUGCGGCUCGGCCAUCGAGGCGACCCGCUGGCGUCGGCUGCCGCCGCCGCCUCCGCGUCCGAGUUCCCCGCUGUACCCGGCGGGAUCUUCGCGCAGCGGAGCCGGAUCGCGGCGACGGUGGGGCCGUUCGGUCUCCCUGUCUCCGGCGGGUGGCUGUCGUCGCGCUACGGGUGGCGCGAGGCGCGCAAGAAAUUCCACAAGGGGAUCGAUAUAGCCGUCGAGGAGAACACGCCGGUGGUCGCGGCGCAGGCGGGGCGAAUCUCGUUCGCGGGAUGGCGGAAGGGGUACGGAUAUGUCGUGAUGGUAGAUCACGGAAAGGGGUAUUCAACACUAUAUGCGCACUGUAAUCGAUUCGUGGCGCGGAAGGGGGAGGCGGUGGGGAAGGGGCAGGCGAUCGCGCUGUCGGGAAACACGGGGCACUCGACGGGUCCGCACCUGCACUUCGAGAUUCACCGGCACGGGUCGCCUGUUGACCCGCUGCUGCUGCUGCCCGCGGAAGCGGCGCGCACAGAGAGAUAG